GAGCGGAGGGGACAGGUGGAGACGCAGCAUAAGGCAGGGUGAGUAGGAGUACAAUUUACAAACUUGCUUUUCUUUCUUUUCCCACUCCCAAUUCACAAUAGAUGCGUGUCCCAUCAACAAAACUUACAUUUUCCUCACACGUGUCGCUUUCUCCUCUCUCCUUUCUGCUCCUUUUAUCGUCUCCUCGCUUCUUUUUCUCCCCCCUGGCCUCCACUCUCUACCCUCAACUACGACCACACCACCGUUAUGGACGAGGACGAGCAACUCGAACGAUUCGACUCGGAGUUCGCCUCCACGAGUUCCAUUUCCUCCACCCUCAGCACCGACGAUUUCCGCAACCUCACCAGCUCCGGCGACAUUUCCUCCAUCAGCAGCGGCUCCGGCGAGAUUCCUCCCGUCGCGGUCCUCGCGCCUCCGUUUCUCUACCGCGAGGGGUCCAAUGACGUCGAGACGGCGCCGGCGCCCAGGGAGAAGUGCGUGGGAAGGAGUAACAAGGGAGUGAGCUGGGGGCACACUUCUGUGAUUGGGAGAAGGAAAGAGAUGGAGGACGCCAUCGCCGUUAUUCCGGGAUUCAUGUCUCGCACGUGCGAUCGCGUCGGGGGUUGUACGGCUCCCGGUUCUAGAUCCUCCGGCGAGAUCGCUCCGCUUCAUUUCUUCGGCGUUUACGACGGCCACGGUGGCUCUCAGGUGGCUAAGUUUUGUGCGAAGCGGAUGCACGAUGUUAUAGCAGAGGAAUGGGACCGAGAAAUAGGAGGUGCCGCUGAAUGGCAGAGAAGAUGGGAAGCUGUAUUUGCUAACAGUUUUGAGAGGACUGAUAAUGAAAUCCUCUCAGACGCAGUUGCACCAGAAAUGGUAGGAUCUACUGCCUCUGUGGUGGUUCUAUCUGGUUGCCAAAUUAUUACAUCCAACUGCGGCGACUCAAGGGUAGUUCUUUGCCGCAGGACACAAACUAUCCCCUUGACAGUGGAUCAGAAGCCGGAUAGACAAGAUGAACUCUUGAGAAUUGAAGGAGGAGGAGGAAAAGUCAUAAACUGGAAUGGAGCUAGGGUAUUUGGUGUUCUUGCCAUGUCCAGGGCCAUAGGUGAUCGGUACUUGAGACCGUGGAUUAUUCCGGUGCCAGAGAUAACUUUCACAGCAAGAACCGAUGAGGAUGAGUGCUUAGUUUUGGCAAGUGAUGGACUCUGGGAUGUAAUGACCAAUGAAGAGGUUGGAGAAGUAGCACGCCGCAUUCUUAGAAGGCGUCGCAGAUCCUUGUCAAUGGAGGAAACAUCUCCUGCACAAGUUGUUGCCGAAAGCUUGACUGAAAUUGCAUAUGGUCGAAAUAGUAAAGAUAACAUUUCAAUCAUAGUUGUUGAUCUGAAAUCAAAGAGAAAACGUCAGCAAAGGCCUCCUUUAAUUUCCUAAGAAACUGAUUCUCUUCAAUAUUUUUCAAUCUUGAGAAGGGCAAAGAGACGGUAAUGAAACUGUAGAGUGGAUCUAUAAAGCAAACCCUCUUUAUUUCUUUUUUUUUUUUUUUGAUGACCCAUUGGUACUUGGUAUCACUUCAGCUUGUGUUUCUCCUAACCUUCUGUACAGAGUUGAUUGGCAAAAAGAAUCUGCUUCAUGACAAGUGACAACUGGCUAGGGCUUGCAUGUUGUUAAUUGUUAUAAUGAUGUUUAGAUUAUUACUCUUUUUAUUUUUCCCAUUUGGUCCUGAUUCCUUAACGGGUUAUGCAAUAAAACUUUAUAUAAAAUCAAUUUGUUUUAGUUUCA